AUGGCCCAGAACCUCAAUGUCACUCCGGACGUACAGAUUGAGCCUCUGUUCCUGCAGCUUUUUAAUUAUGCCGACAAAACCAACAUCCUGAAGCUGGAAGACUGGCUCUCGAUCCUGACGCUCUGUUUGUCCCCACUAAUUGCCCAUAUUCUUUCAGGCGUCCCGACCGUCGUCCGACGAUGCCCCAGUCCCCCGACAUGGCUCGACACGCUUUGCCUAUACAAUCCCACUACCAUCCUAUGGCGAUACCUCGCAUCGUGGAACGCCGCUUCGCGGCAUCUUGGCGUUAGCAGCAUUGGUAAUCAACCGUACAACGCAACCAUCUCCAUGAGCACUAUUUUCUACCCUCUUGCGGUCAUCGGUCUCCUUCGUCUGUUUGCUGCCCCCUGGCUGACCGAGAAUUACACCUACCAUGAGCAUGAAACCUACGAGAGUAGCAGGAUUUUGGCACAGCAUAUCAUCCACACCCCGUCUUCGGAUGGCCCUUCCUAUACAGCCGUGCGCAGCAGCCAUGACGCUAAAAUCGUGACACCGUCCAAUGCGUCACUCUUACCCACAAGCCCGAUGGCCAUCCGUGACCUGUCGCUCGAUGUUUGUCUGCCUACCAGCAGACCUUGCCUUCCCACCCAGGCCGCCGUUGUGAUUGUCCGUUGCUGCUAUCUUGGCCUGUUAUGUGCCAUUUUGGCCAUCUGUGUGUGCUAUAUGAUCCCUCACCAGGGGGUGACUGAGCUGCUGACGCAGCCACCAUCUGCGUCAGUCCUUUGGCUACUUCCCAUUAUGUAUAUUGUGUUCAUUGUCGUAUCGAUCAUCCUCUUCAUCAUUUACCUCAUCCGGUGCGGCCGGGAGACAACAACCGUCAUCCCGUGUCUUCGCACAUGGUGGUAUCGCGCGUACACCCUUCUCUUCAUUGCAACAGCAACUGCGUUGAUUGUCCUCUCCGGGGUCUACACAAGGCGGACAUCAUGUGGGCAGCUGACAGUUUUCCCAGCCGAACUUGACCAGGAGGUGUGCAAUGGGACACCCAUGCAGGUGGACAAGGCUGUCGGACCGUUUGGAAUAGUUACUCAAGUGCCAGGCCUCACACCAGAAACCUGGGUCUUACCAUUGAAGGGCUGGUGUUCUGGAACCUUGACAGGGGAGAUCCUCCCAGUCGAAUCUGUGUCAUGA